CCAAGUUGGCCGUAUAUAAGCCCGUGAGUGAUCCAUUGACAUACACUUAAUUUUGAGUUUUGGAAGAAAACUGAGGAACAUUUUGAAAAGGAUUUGAGCUAUAUUUUUCAAGCCAGGCUUCCGAAAAAACCCUUUAUCUCCUUCACCGUACACAGAUAAUGAUGAACCCACCCGUUGGACCAGGAGGUGUGUGUAGGCUACUGGCCUCUUUGCUUUGUGAGUUAGAAUCACACAUGGACACCACAGAGGACAGUACUUUUCUACAGGACAUGCUCAUGGGCAAUACCGUGCAUCUGCUUAUUAAGGUUUAUGACAGGCUGCAGAAGUACAGGGAAAGGCAGCCUGCACCACUGCUGGAGAGCGUAGAGGACCUGGUUCAGGGUUUGGCAGAGGAGCUGCGAGGCACGGUCGCCAGCCCAGAGACAUUAGAGCUAUUGGACCUGCUCGCCAAACCUCAUGUACAGGGUCUUCUCUCAGUGCAUGACACGGUGGCCCAAAAAGACUAUGACCCUCGGUUGCCUCCUUUGCCUCUAUUGCAUGAUUACAAAGAGGAUGAAGAAGACUCUGUGAAGAUCAUUUGUAUGAUUAAAAACCAGGAGCCACUGGGAGCCACUAUAAAGAGAGAUGAGUCCAGUGGAGAUAUAGUUGUGGCACGGAUUAUGAGAGGAGGAGCUGCUGAUCGAAGUGGUCUAAUUUAUAAAGGUGACAAGCUGAAGGAAGUAAAUGGAGUUCCCAUGGAGGACAAGAACCCGGAGGACAUUAUUCCCAUACUAGCCUUGUCAGAGGGAGCCGUGACCUUUAAAGUAAUUCCAGGCACCAAAGAAGAAUCAAAGACAAAAAACACCAAGAUCUUCGUGAGGGCACUUUUUGAUUACGAUCCCAAUGCAGAUCCUGCUAUUCCGUGCAAAGACGCCGGGUUGGAGUUCAUGAGAGGGGAUGUGUUACAGAUUGUAAGCCAAGAGGAUGAUACCUGGUGGCAGGCCAGACAGCAUGGUGAGGCCAACCCCAGAGCUGGACUGAUUCCCUCUAGACAGCUUCAGCAGAGGAGAGUGGCUUUACAGAGACCUAAAGCUCUGUUCCAGAUUUCCAGCAUAUCGAAUGCAUUCACUGCUGGUUUAAGGAGAAGUUUCCGGUUUAGCAAAAGGAACAGCAUGAGUCAACAAGCAAGACAGGAGAUGGUUGAAGGGCAUGGCAGUAUCCCUGAACCAAUAUAUAUGGAGGUUUUGCCUUACAACAGACAGCCUGGGGAGCCUUAUCGCCUUGUGCUUCUAACUGGGCCGAGUGGUGUUGGUGUGACCGAGUUAAAGAGGAAACUUCUACUCUCUGACCCAGAGCACUUCAGUGUAACUGUGCCACAUACCACUCGGGAGCAGAAAAAGCAAGAAAAAGAUGGGGUGGAGUAUCACUUUGUGUCCAAACACACAUUUGAGAAAGAUAUUCUUAACCACAAGUUUUUGGAGUACGGUGAACACAAUGGCAACUACUAUGGUACGAGCGUGGAUUCGGUGCGCAGGGUCCUAGCGGAGGGCAAGGUGUGUCUGCUCGAUGUGGAGCCACAUGUUAUAGCAACCCUAUACACUUCGGAGUUUAAACCCUACGUUGUAUUUGUGAAGCCCCCAUCAAUUGAGUGCUUGAAACUGAGCCGAAGAAAAGCAAAAGUUCUGUCAAAUCCAAAUGAGCAGAAAUCCACAAAAACAUUUACGGAAAAAGACUUUAAUGAUAUGAUUACCAGUGCCCAAGCCAUGGAGAGUAAAUACAGCCACUUGUUUGAGAAAAUCAUCAUCAAUGAUGACCUGGCUAUGGCUUUUACUGAGCUGAGAGACCAACUCAAGAAGAUUGAAACAGAGAGUCAGUGGAUCCCACGUACAUGGACUCAUGUCUUGGGGUCGAAUUAAUGUGAAGACGAGAUCGCUUUAAACGGCACAGAGUAUUCACCACAAAAUCAGCAGGUCCUCUGAGAAGACGUGAUUCGGACCAUGACUUCAGCAUCGUUGAUUGUAGAAACUCCCAUCGUGGUGAUUUACGGAUGUUUAUUUUCCGACACGACGAGAGGCUGUGAGAGAGGCAGCAGCCAUCUGGAGUGGUCCUCGGAUGGGUAUUAAGUCAAUCUGCCCUGUUAACGAAAUGUUAUGCCUUUUACUCAUGCAUCAAAAGAGUGGGAAGAGGCUCAGUCAUGCAUUCUUCAGAGUUCUGCCUGAAACCUGAAGUCACUCAGACUUACACUGAAAUAAAUGUAACCUGUCUCACUCUUGUGCUUAAAACAUCUUGAUUUUUUCGUAACUAUUAAAUAUCUCAAGUGAAGUGACAUAUUGUUGAUUUCACCAUUGCUAUCUCAUGGCAAUUCGUAAGUAUUUUACGAAGUGGCUAAUUCGUAUUAAUUCGUAAAACCACGUUUUUGUACGGUUUGCUUUUAUCCAUGUGACGUUGGGGUUAGGGUUCAAGGCUUUUUUAAGGGUUGUUUUAAUCGUAUGUUUUUGUACGAUUCACUUCAUAUGAAUUUGUCAACUCGCAAAAUAUGUACAAAUUCUCAGGAGAUGGAAUUCACACACUAUUGAGAAUGAGGACAUGCGUCACGGUAGCUUGCUGUCACGUGACAAAUUGAGCCCGUCCACCAUUUUGGGAGGGCACGCUAACGGUUGCCAGGAGCAACAGUGUAUGAUCAAUUCAAAGACGGAGCGGGAAAGAGCAGAAAUUGUAAUAUAAAUUUCGAGGAAAAUUUAGCAGAAAUGGAGAAGAAUGCGGCAAAAGGGUCCUUACAGGGAGAAGCUUACAACCAAUGCCAAACAGAGGUAUUUAGAGAAGCUUUGCGGAUAUUAAAAACGUUGAUCCAUACGAGGUGCCUGCAGCUGAAUGGAAGAGAGACCUAGACUCUUUACCACUGCACGUAUUUGGAAAUUGUUAAUUACUUGGUUUUCGGCAUCAGUUAUUACACUAUGCAAGAAUUUAAAAGCCUGAAGUCAUUGGAAAGCUACGAAACAUUCUGCUGCGGCUGGGUGCGCGACUUGGUCAUCUAACGUUACAAGCCUUCAAAUUGUGAAAAAUAACAUUGUACUGGCAAAGGUAAGUUGCUUCACCUUUAGUCAAGUCACUUUUAUUUAUAUAGUGCUUUUUACAAUCCAGAUUGUAUCAAAGCAGCUUAACAGAAAUAACAGGAAAAUAACAAAGUUUGCUUCUGUGGAUCAAACAGUGAUGUAUCAUCCAGCUCAGUUAAGUUCAAAUGAAGUAGUGAUAUAUAUAAUGUUCGUUAAUGUAUUACAUGCAGUGAUGUACAUUUUAUGUCUUUGUAAAAGAGUACAAAAAUAGUGUCAAUGCAGGCAGAUGAAUUUUUUUUAUUGAAUAUAAGGUGAAUAUUACUUUGUAUGUUAAUGAGUUUUAACACACUCUCAUCGACUCGGAGAUGCGGUCAAAAGUAAUGUCCUUUCUUCUUACAUCCACCCAAGAAAUCCGACGUCGU